CGCGGCGGUAUGUGGCGCCCGCCGGCCGCGCCGUGCCCUCCGGGGCCGACGGUGCCGCAGCGCGUGCGCCGGGCGGCGCGGUGGCGUACGAUCCGCGGCUCCAGGUGCCUGCGCCGUUGCUGCAGGACAGGUGCUUGGCGCAGGCCAUGAGGAGGAAGCCAGACGUGGACCUCGCCGUGAAUGUCUUCGGCGCGGACCUGCUGAUCAGCCGCGACGAGCUGGUCCUAGGGGAGAGCAUCGGCUCGGGGUCCGUUGCGGAGGUCUUCUACGGCUCGUGGCGAGGCACGGAGGUGGCGGUCAAGCAGCAGCCGGUGGACGACGCGAUGGACGUCGUCAUCAUGCGGGAGCUCAGCGUGAUGGCGCGCAACGAGCACCCGAACUUGGUUCGCUUGCUGGGCUUCUGCCAUGGCGGCCCAACCUUCGAUCUGGUGCUGGAGCUCUGCCGAGGGGGUGCGCUGUUCAACCUGCUGCACCUCUCCGAGCGCCAGAUCUCCAUGAGGCAGCAGCUCAAGCUGGCCGAGGACGUCUCGGAGGGCAUGGCCUACCUGCACCGGCAGACGCCCCAGAUCAUGCACCGCGACCUGAAGAGCCUGAACGUGCUCCUCCACGAGCCGGUGACCAGCCUCCACGACGUCCCGCUCGCGAAAGUCACCGACUUCGGGCUGGCCCGGGCGCGCGGAGGUCCACGGUGCUGGGCGCAGUCCGCGCCGCAGGCCACGCUGCAGCUCCAGGAGCGUUGGCGGCCGCGGCGGCACUCGAGGAUCGCUCCAGUUGCCCGGAGAAGCUGGUGGGGCUGUGCAGGUCCCCCGAAGACGUCGAGCCGCUACCCUGGAUCAAGGAGAAACAUCCUGGAUGAGCCACACGAACUCGCCCGACCGGCAGAUCUCCUCGGCGAGCUCCGACGGCGGCCUGCAGCGGAAUCGGCCGUGCGGGGACACGUUAUCGACCGUCUCCUCGCGGGCCGCUGGCGACCUGCAGGUCGCGGACACGUUCCAGCCGCGCGUGCUCCACGCCCCACCAGUGCCCAUAUUCAACGACGAGGACAUCGCCGAUACGUGCUGGUCAACGGCGUGCACGUCGCCGUGCCUGUCCUGGACGCGUGGGGUCCGCCAGUUCACCCGCUGCCCACGCGCGCGACGUCUCCGUCCUUUGGCACCUCGCGCUGCUCGACGCCGCAGUCCCCCGAGGAGCCCUGGAGCCAGCUGGCCUCCGAGGCCAACCAGUCCAGCCGAGCGAAGCAGAUUUCGAGCAGCUCGAUCUGCUCCGACUCUUCGAGGUACACGGCCGUCAGCAGGCUCACCAGCCGCAUCGGCUCCGUGCAGUGGAUGUCGCCAGAGCUCCUGCUGGGAGGUGAGAAUUACACUUCGAAGGUAGACGUGUACGCGUACGGGAUGUUGGUGUACGAGAUAUUCUUCUUCGAGCCCCCCUUCGUAGAGUUCGAGCCCGAUGAGGUGGAGUCGGCGGUCCUUGCGGGCGUAAGGCCCGACAUCGGUUGCGAUGACGUGCCCGAGCAGAUGUUGAGGCUGAUGCGGGCGUGUUGGCACCAUGAUGCCGAACGGAGGCCCACCUUCGAGGCGUUGCGGUGCGCCCUGGCCUCGUUCAGAGAGCAUGAUGCGGAUGCGUUCGAGGCGUUCUUGUCUCCGUGAGGGCUUGCCCGGUGGCCAUUGCAGAAGGCAGUUCCCGUGCAGACUCCCGUGGCCCCGAACCACAGGGUCUACAUACUUUGUUGCCUGGACCCAGGAUGCAGAAAGUUGUGGCACGCCAGUGGCAGCACCAGCGUGCCGUCUGAAAAGACCCCCUGCGCGACGAGGAGCUGCUGUUCCCCGGACGGGACUGGGAAGAAGGAGUUCAAGCGCGCAAGGUCAAGUCACAUGUCAGGCAUGCUCAGAUCCUCGAGGGCCUGCAGUCAGCCAUGCUCUCGCACGGCAGCAAGUGCGCGGAUGAGGAGGCGAAGGCGCGUGCCUACGAGCGUCGACCAUCGCUGCAGUUUCAGCGCCUGGCCAUCCAGCAGCAGAAGUUUGCGCGUGGGCCCGGUGUCUGGGCCGCCCAAGUUGGCGCCGCCAUGUCCGAGACCGAUUGCCAGCAUCGGGUUAAGCGACCGAGAGCUGACGCCCCCCGCUCAAUUCAGUUGGUCAAGCCCCCCCCCUCGCUUGAAGAAAGGACUGUCCAGUCACAGGCUGCUCUUCUUGCGCGAGGGGAAAAGUGCCACCAGCUUUUUAGUUUUCAGGUCCCUUUCGGCCCAGACGAUCCUUUGUCUGUUGUGGCCGACGUGGUGCUUUUGUCAUUCAGAGGCUGGCUUAGCUUGCUCUCCCGCGUCCCACUUGCGUUCCCCAAUGGGCCCGUACGGUAGCAACUCGGCCUUCUGAAAGUGAAUUCGAGAUUGACCGUGUAAUUCAUUUUGUGCAGAAUUUGCGGCGUCUGACGCCACCGUCAGUUCCCGUUUCUGCCCAAAUUGUGGUGCCUCCGCCACUGCUGCAGGCCGCGCGUUCGUCCACCCAAGGCAGCCGUGCCCAUUUUCGAGGGGAGGUGGAUCGCGGGCCUGGUCGGG